GCCGGCGACCUUCAGGAGUCUCGUCAGUGCUCGCCUCCGAGGUGACCCGUUGGCCUCCAGCCUACUGAAAGCUUAACGUAUCUUAGUUUACAAGAUCCUGCAGCCCUGAUGAAGCGUCCAAGGUCAUCGGGAAGGGCAGCCGAGAAGGAAAAGCCAUUAAUAUUAUCGCCGGUGCCCAACUUGAGGAUGGAUGAGCUCCAGAGUACAGUCACCGACUAUGGCAAUAAGCUGACUUUUAUGACCCGUCGGGUGGAGGACAUGCAGACCGAGAGGGCAAAUCUUCAGAGGAAACUUGAUAUGCAGCUAAAACGUAUUGAGGACAUGCGUUCUAUUACUCGCACACUCAAAGCCAAGGUUACCGAGCUGAAGGAGCAGGAGAGACUGCAGCUCGCCAGGAUUGAGGAGCGUAACGCAGAAUUGAGAGAGUCGGAGGAGGCCCUGGCCAAGAACCGAGCCCGCAAGGACAAACUCCGCCGGAUGAUCAAUAAAAGAGUGUGUGAGUUUGAAGCAGACUGUCGUGACAUCACGAAAAGAUUCUGCAACUUGAGACUCAAGGAAAGGGGCAAGGGCCGUACCAAGGAGUCUGAGGCCCAGGUGACGCAGCUGCGGGAGGAGGUGUCUCAGCUUACAGUUCUGAAAGACGUUCUUACCUCUACCCACCCUGAGUCACUACUGCCAGUGGCCGCCUUGAAAGAAUUAGUGGGUGAGGCUACCAUCAUUUUGGACAAGCUAAAAGAGCAUUCUCAAUACUUAAAGAACCAGGAAGUCUCUCUUAAAAAAUAACUCCAGUUGCAACGAAACUAAUUUCUUGUUUCUAUUUUCAGUAUAAGAAUAACCUAUUUUUAUUUUGGUGGAUUUGUUUAGCAUAUAUUUUACAUUAUUUGUGUUAAUUUUUAAUUAUGCAAGCUGCAUUUUCUUUUGUUGAAUAAAGGAAUCUUCUCCACAUAUGGUUAUAUAACAAUUUAAUUAUCAACAGAUUACCUUCAAUCUUUCGAACCCUCGAUUUGCUAUUUAUGUAAUUACUAACGUAUAACAUAUUAAUGUAUCAGACAUGCACCAAGGCAUUAAAUGCAAAUAAAAUCAGCAUUUAUUAUAUAGGUGAGUGAACGUGAUAAAAAAUAAAGAGUGUUUAAGCUUUCA